AUGAACACUACUACAGAGAAUUUUAACACAAAUGCGGGUACGUAUAAGCAAUUCUUCAAAUUGAACGAGUACUUAAUAUUAUAAGUUGUAUUUAAUAAUAGGUAAAUCAAUAUGUUAUGAUUAGAUUGAAACUAGUUACAGAAGCAAAUUUCUUAAAUGAAACGAAAUAGUACAGCUUUUAUCAGGUAAUACCAUUUUAUAUUCAGCAUAAUAUGUGUACCAUGCAUUGUGAUUAAAAUUUUACUUUUUGUACUAAUUUGAAUAGAAUUUGAUAAGUGGAAGUUGAAAGUUGAGGACAAAUACUGCUGUAAGUUUGUCAAGCAAACAGGUGAAAGAUUGGACAGCCAUGAUGAAAAGGUGACAUACUAUCAAUAUAAUCGAAGUGGGACCUACAAACCGAAACUAUCAAUGAAGCGGCACACAAAAUCUCAAGGUUGUUAGAAAUUUUGUAAAUACUAUAUAGUUUCAGUUAGUCUUUGUCACUAUCAGUGGUUUCACCUACAGAGGCGGAUUUAUAUUCUGGGUUUUUGCUUCUAGCUUUAGGUAAAACCAUUCGUAAUGACUUUAUAAUGUUUGUGCACCUACUUGCUCUAUACCUUAAUUGUAACGAACAUUCUCACACAAAUGAAUGGUUAAUUGUUAUAUUACUUAUCAACAUGCAGGCACCAGGAAAAUCUGCAAUAACUUGUACUUCAACCAUAAAGCGAAUUGAGGAUAAAGAUGGGAGCAUAACUGCAGAAAUUGUUGAAACUCAUUACGACCAUAAUUUAGAAUUACAACAUGUACCAAUACCUGACGAUAAAAAGGAGGAAAUUGCCGCCAAGCUCCAGCAAGGGAUAUGUAAUGAAAGGAUCAUUGACGACAUUAGGAACAGUUGCAACAACGGUAUAAAAUGCCGUCAUUUACUAGAGAAAAAAAAAGUUGCGGAACAUAUCUUCUUGUUUCAGUAUUGAAGGUGCUAGAAAGCAUGCAUAUGACCAACAAGCGUACAUGCUUGGAUAACUGAAUGGGAACAGUCUGAAAGCAAUCCAGUUUUUUGUUCUACCAUCUCCAAGGACAGGACUACAGACGAGGAGGACCUGAAAUUGACAAGCGAUGACUUUAUCGUUAUAUUACAGAGCCCAUUUCAGAAGACUUUGGCAAAAAAACUUGCGCACAAAGGUGUUUGCUGCGAUGCCACGCAUGGCACUAUUGCAUAUGACUUCAAGUUAACCACUCUGCUUGUUAUAGACGAAUUUGACGAAGGGUCACCAAAUGCAUGGUGUUUAUCAAAUCAUGAAGAUUUUACACACAUGUACAUGUUCUUUAAGAUGAUCAAACGUAACUGUGGGCGUCUAAGCCCGAAAUGGUUUAUGACAGAUUUACAAUGCCCCACAGUUUUACAAUGCCUGGGUAGCCAUAAACAUCGGCAGUCGUCCACAAUAGCUUUACUGUACUUGGCAUGUGGACAAGGCAUGGAGAGAAGAGCUAAGAAAGAAAAUCGGGAAUCUAGACAGAGUCAGAGGUAUAUAAAAUGUUGCGAACAAUUCUUGAACCAGAUGAAAAAAGUUUUGAUGAACACUUAA